CAUACUGGUUCUAUGCCGUGUGAUUCUCCGAUGAGCGGACAGACGACGAGCGCGGCCGUCGCACAGAUGUCGUCAAAUGACCCAACCUUUACCAUCCUGAAUCCCCCGGUGAUUAGCCUAGAUAGCCUAAAAGCUACGCGACCGACGGGUGGAGAUGGGAGAUUGAAAGCUGGGAGAAUGAUCCGACACUGCUGGGAUACCAAACGGAUAGAAUACUCCCCGAUUCAAGUAUUUAGUAGGUCACCAAACCUCCUCAACAGCGAGGACCAGCUAACCGCUAUAUCGCAAUUGGAGUGUUACACUGGGUAUCGAAACCCCACCACGAUCACGAGUGCCCUGAAGCACAUGUCAGCUCGUGCCUUUGUGCAGAAACCCAACGGUGAUGAGGUGGGUUCAGCCUCGUUUCUGGAACAAGAAAAGCCUACGGAGAAUGUCCCCCUUCCAGGACGCGGAGGCAGUUACAGGGCUCAACGCAAAUCUCAAUGCAAAAUAACUCGAGAUCGGUGUCAUUUUCUGAACAAGAACGAGAUUGCAUACACGCGGGCGCACGUCAUAGAAUCAGACUUUCUCUCUGGGCGCCUGACCAGUUUGCCUUUCCACAGACCCGGUAACACGCCUGUGCCAUCUUACCCUUUCGUCAUUGGACAAAGGGGUCCAUUUUUCCUCAAAGAGGAGAUAAAUGGCGAGAGGAGGGGCAA